UUGACUCUGACUCUCUCUGUCUCUUCCUCUUCUCUCUUCUUCAUCCUCUCUCUCUCUCUUCUUCAUCCUCUCUCUCUCUCUUCUUCAUCCUCUCUCUCUCUCUUCUUCAUCCUCUCUCUCUCUCUCUUCAUCCUCUCUCUCUCUCUCUUCAUCCUCCUCUCUCUCUCUCUCUCUUCAUCUCUCUCUCCUCUCUCUCUUCAUCCUCUCUCUCUCUCUCUCUUCAUCCUCUCUCUCUCUCUUCCUCCUCUCUCUCUCUUCAUCCUCUCUCUCCUCUUCUCCUCUCUCAUCCUCUCUCUCUCUCUUCAUCCUCUCUCUCUCUCUUCAUCCUCUCUCUCUCUCUUCAUCCUCUCUCUCUCUCUUCAUCCUCUCUCUCUCUUCAUCCUCUCUCUCCAUCCUCUCUCUCUCUCUCCUCUCUCUCUCUCUUCAUCCUCUCUCUCUCUCUCUUCCCCCCCCUCUCUCGCUAGUUAUCUCACCCUGCUCUAUCUUUCUCUUGUUACCCCCCCCCCACUCGCUGCUCCCUCUCUAUUUCCCUAUCUAGUUCAUUUCUAUAAUGAGCACCCCCAUUUGUUUGUGGGCCUUGCUGCCUCAUCACUGUUCACCCCCUUUAUUUGUGGGCCUUGCUGCCUCAUCACUGUUCACCCCCUUUAUUUGUGGGCCUUGCUGCCUCAUCACUGUUCACCCCCUUUAUUUGUGGGCCUUGCUGCCUCAUCACUGUUCACCCCCUUUAUUUGUGGGCCUUGCUGCCUCAUCACUGUUCACCCCCUUUAUUUGUGGGCCUUGCUGCCUCAUCACUGUUCACCCCCUUUAUUUGUGGGCCUUGCUGCCUCAUCACUGUUCACCCCUUUAUUUGUGGGCCUUGCUGCCUCAUCACUGUUCACCCCUUUAUUUGUGGGCCUUUGCCUCAUCACUGUUCAUCCCUUUAUUUGUGUUCACCCCCCCCUUAUUUGUGGGCCUUGCUGCCUCAUCACUGUUCACCCCCUUUAUUUGUGGGCCUUGCUGCCUCAUCACUGUUCACCCCCUUUAUUUGUGGGCCUUGCUGCCUCAUCACAAUGUGCAAAGUCUGCUAGUUUCUUGCUUACAGAAAUUUUUUUCUUUCUUUUAACUCUUUCAACCCGAUUUUUAGCACAUCUCCCCAAAUACAUAUUUUUUGUUUCCAGUUCUGUCUGUCUCUGUCUCUUUCUGUCUCUGUCUCUUUCUGUCUCUGUCUCUUUCUGUCUCUGUCUCUUUCUGUCUCUUUCUCUUUCUGUCUCUUUCUCUUUCUGUCUCUUUCUCUUUCUGUCUCUUUCUCUUUCUGUCUCUUUCUCUUUCUGUCUCUUUCUCUCUCUCUGUCUAUUUCUCUCUGUCUGUCUUUCUCUCUCUCUCUCUUUCUCUAUGUGUGGGAUAAUCUUUGCUGCAUUUCUCUCUCUCUUUCUUUUCUCCCAUUCUCCAUCCCUUUUUACACCAUUGUCUUUUUCUCGCACAUUCUGUCCUUUUUCUUUUCUGCACUUUACCUCCCCUCUUCACAUCUUUCUUUUGCCUCCUCCUCUUGUAUUUCUCCUCUUACAUUCCCCCUCCCACUCUUUUCUGUUUCCUCACAUCUUUCUAGUUCACAUUUUAACCUUUCUUGCACUACUCCCUUUCUCUUUUCUUCCACCCUUCCUUUUCACACUCUCUUUCUUUUCUUCCACCCUUCCUUUUCACACUCUCUUUUCUUCCUCCCUCCUUUUCCCACUCUUUCUUUUCUUCCUCCCUCCUUUUCCUACUCUUUCUUUUCUUCCUCCCUCCUUUUCCUACUCUUUUUUUCUUUUCUUCCUCUCUCCUUUUCCCUACUCUUUUUUUUUCUUCCUCCUCCUUUUCCUACUCUUUUUCUUCCUCCUCCUUUUCCUACUCUUUUUCUUCCUCCUCCUUUUUCUUCCUACUCUUUUUUUCCUUCCUCCUCCUUUUCCUACUCUUUUUUUCUUCCUCCCUCCUUUUUCCUACUCUUUUUUUUUUCUUCCUCCCUCCUUUUCCUACUCUUUCUUUUCUUCCUCCCUCCUUUUCCUACUCUUUCUUUUCUUCCUCCCUCCUUUUCCUACUCUUUCUUUUCUUCCUCCCUCCUUUUCCUACUCUUUCUUUUCUUCCUCCCUCCUUUUCCUACUCUUUCUUUUCUUCCUCCCUCCUUUUCCUACUCUUUUCUUUUUCUUCCUCCCUCCUUUUCCCUACUCUUUCUUUUCUUCCUCCCUCCUUUUCCUACUCUUUCUUUUCUUCCUCCCUCCUUUUCCUACUCUUUUCUUUUCUUCCUCCCUCCUUUUCCUCCUCUUUCUUUUCUUCCUCCCUCCUUUUCCUACUCUUUUCUUUUCUUCCUCCCUCCUUUUCCUACUCUUUUCUUUCUUCCUCCCUCCUUUUCCUACUCUUUCUUUUCUUCCUCCCUCCUUUUCCUACUCUUUCUUUUCUUCCUCCCUCCUUCCUUUUCUCUCUCCAUCCUCUCUCUUUUGCACUCCUACUUUUUUCCUCUCUCUCUCCAUCUUAAUCAUUUCUUUUUUUCAUUAG